UCAAGUUUAUUGUGGAAAAUUUGCUCACCACAUUAGAUUUUAUGAUAAUCUUGGUUUUAAAAAAGCGCCAAGCACGAGCUUUUUAGGUGCCAAAAGCCGAGGCGAGAGCUUCACGUAUGGGAGGUGUUGCUCUAUGUAUGAUUAAGCAUUAUAUAGAACUAAAAAGUUGCAUCUCUUUCAAGUAAAUAAUCCAUAGUCUCUUCAUCGUUUGGUCGUUAGACUCAAUCUUUACCAAUUUUGACUCACCUGCGCAAAAAGUGUGACCUUCGGACUUUGAGGCCCUUUAUCAAUCGCCUAGCGCCCCAAAUACGCACUUUUUAAAACCAAGAAGAUAAAGCUUAUUAUAAAUUUUUUUUUUCCAAAAUUUUGGAAUAAAGCUCAUUAUCUUGGUACAGCUAGCCAGCAAAAUUUGAAAUUAUAGGAACUAGGAACUCGAGUGCAUGGCUUCGGGUCAAGAAAUUGAUGAUUCUUCAAAUAAUAACAGCUCGCCCAAAAAAGUAUACAAGGAUCCAGACGAUGGGCGUCAAAGAUUUUUGCUUGAACUUGAAUUUGUUCAGUGCCUUGCUAAUCCAACUUAUAUUCACUAUCUAGCUCAGAACCGUUAUUUUGAAGAUGAAGCUUUCAUUGGCUACUUGAAGUACCUUCAGUACUGGCAACGACCAGAGUACAUAAAAUAUAUUAUGUAUCCGCAUUGUCUCUACUUUCUGGAACUUCUUCAAAAUGCAAGUUUCCGCAAUGCUAUGGCACAUCCGGCUAAUAAGGAGUUGACACACAGGCAACAGUUUUAUUUCUGGAAGAACUACAGGAAUAAUCGGCUGAAGCAUAUAUUGCCUAGACCUCUUCCCGAGCCUACAGUGGCACCACCAUCUAAUGCUCUUCCACCACUGCUACCACCUACUGCUACCACCAUGGCUGCUUCAUCUGCUCCUGUGUCUGCACCGCCAGUACCCUCCCCCAUGCAGUAUGGUGUACCUUCCGGGCCUCCUCUAGCAAAAAAUGACCCAAGAAAUGCAAUUGACAGAAGAAAGAGAAAGAAAGACGGAUAACUUCAACGUGAAACUGAACUGGCAGUAUAUGCUAUUUUUUGUAAGGUUGCUGAAAUGAUGCAUUUGUAGCAUGAUUCUUUUUAACGGAUACUCACAAAGCCGAAGGCCCUUUGGUAUGUGAGACGGUUUAAUUAUGUUGGCUUUACAAUGGCUCCAGUUUUACAAUCACAUUUUCUAGAUAGAAGGAUCUGAGAUGAGUAUGCGACAAUUGGGUUCUAAAUAGAUCGAUUUUCUGGUUAUUCUUUUGAUC